UCUAGCAUUAUACCUCAGACAGAGAGAUGGCCGCGGACCUCAAAGAGUUCGUGCACAGCGUUGUGGAGGCGAACUCGCAGGACCUCUGCGAACUGAGCCGCUUCGUGUGGGAGCAUCCGGAGCUCAAGUUUAACGAGGUGCAAUGCCACGACUGGCUCACGGACUUUCUGGAACGACGCGGAUUCACGGUGACCCGUCGCUACCUGCUGGACACGGCCUUCAGGGCAGAGUUCGACGCUCCCGGAGGGCCAGAAGGACCUUGCAUCGCCUUGCUGUGCGAAUACGACGCGCUGCCUGAUAUAGGCCACGCUUGCGGGCACAACCUGAUUGCCGAAGCAUCCGUGGGCGCGGCGCUGGCCGUGCGUGAGGCUAUGAGGAGCUACGGAGACAUUCGUGGCAAACUGGUCGUGCUGGGCACACCGGCGGAAGAGACAGGCUGUGGCAAGGAACUGCUGAUACGGAAGGGCGCCCUGGAGGGAAUCGACGCGGCACUGAUGGCGCACCCGUGUCCAGAGGACGUCUUGACGGUUCACUACUCAGCGGCUCAGCAGCUGAGACUUCGCUUCAAAGGCAAAGCAGCUCAUGCAGCAUCGACGCCGUGGGAGGGUGUGAACGCCUUGGACGCUGCCGUCGCUGCCUACACGAAUGUCAGCCUCCUGCGACAGCAGCUAAAGCCAAACACUAGGAUUCACGGCGUCAUCACUGAAGGCGGCAAGUACCCUAACGUGAUCCCUGAGGAGACGGAGAUGGUGUUCGCCAUCCGUGCCCCGAACGCCCAGGGAUUGAUCGAGCUCCGGCCGAAGGCAGAGGCCUGCUUCAAGGCGGCUGCCGACACAACCGGCUGCUCCCUCGACAUUGAGAGGAAGCCGGCGUACAUGAAUGUGGCGCAGAACUCUGCCAUCGCAGAAACAUACCGGAAGCACGCCCAUGCUUUCGGUACGUCAUCUCUCGUUUGGUGUUGACUAUAGGCAUGGAGGGGGAAAUCAAACUAGGAGGAAGCGUCAGGUGACAAUUUUAAAGGAAAAAAAUAAACUAGGAGGGAGCAAUUGUGACCAGAGCGUGGAGCACGAAGGGGGAGCGGCGUUGGAGGAAGUUGCCUUGUGAACGCUAGGCGCGCGCUAUGUUCUACCCACCAUACGCGCUCGCUAGUGCAUUUUUGUCUGUUUAUUUGUAUUGCGAUAGCAAACAUAUGGACACUCUCGGUGGAUUUUUGCCGUCGCUGUCGCCAUCAUG